AUGGCGUUCAAGCUCGCCGACAAGCACAAAAUGGCGGCGGCUAUCGCCAUCUCCUUUGCCUUCUUCGCGUGCGAGCUCGCAGUUGCCUUCAGAACUAGCAGUCUGGCUCUCUUGGCCGAUGCCUUUCACUACUUGAACGAUCUCGUUAGCUUCGUUGUGACCCUGACGUCCAUCGUAAUCUCGGAGAAGCCCGAAUUCCGACAAGAUUUCUCCUUUGGCUGGCAGCGUGCCCGGCUGCUUGGGGCCUUCUUCAACGGCUCGUUCCUGCUCGCGCUCGGCAUCAGCAUCUUCCUCCAGUCCAUUGAGCGCUUCAUCGCGGUCAAGGAGAUCGACAAUGUAAAGAUGGUCCUCAUCACAGGAUGCGUCGGUCUCGGCUUGAACAUCAUUACCGCUGCGUUUCUUCACGACCACGACCAAUCCGAAUGCCGCGUGGAGAAGAGGUCUGCUUCCGAGUUCCAUGCCAACCAUCGGCAUGUUAGCCACUCCCUCAAAGCUCCUGGACGGGAACUUGGCAUGAUGGGCGCCUUGCUCCAUGUGGUUGGCGACGCCAUCAACAACAUCGGCGUCAUCAUUGCUGCCCUUAUCAUCUGGUUCACGUCCUCCCCCAGCCGAUUCUACGCGGACCCCGCCGUUGGCCUGGGCAUCUCGUUCAUGAUCCUCUUCUCAGCGCUGCCUCUCGUCAAGCACAGCGGAGAGAUCUUGCUGCAGAGCGCGCCACGGGGAGUCUUUCUGAGUGACAUCAAACACGACAUCGAGAAGAUCCCCGGCAUCGAGUCAGUGCACGAACUGCACGUCUGGCGGCUAGACCAGAAGAAGGCCAUCGCCUCGGCCCACAUCACCGUCUCGGACCCGGACGUCUCGAGCUUCAUGGCCAAGGCGAAGACAAUUAGGGAGUGUCUGCAUGCCUACGGCAUCCACUCGACGACCCUGCAGCCGGAGCUGCCGCGGGAGCCCGUCCCUCGCGAUGGUGCUGGUGGCGGUGAUAAUGGUGGUGCUGGUGGGAAGAGGCAUGCGCCGUGUCAGAUCAUGUGCGGCAAGGGCUUAUGCGACCAUCUCAUGUGCUGCAACACGCUUGUCCAGGUGUGA